AUGAAGCGCAAAUUGGAUGCCAACGACGUACCGUCCCCGGAGGCCACUGCUGGGGACGAGCAGGAGCCGGAUUUCGAAGCUCUGAACCUUGAUCCCCGACUCUGCCAAGCCCUGAUCAAAGAAAAGUUCAGCAAGCCGACCCUCGUGCAGGCCAAGGCGAUACCACUGGCCCUGGAAGGGAAAGAUAUUCUGGCCCGUGCAAAGACAGGUUCUGGCAAAACGGCGGCCUACGUUCUCCCGAUCCUGCAAUCUAUUCUCCAGAAGAAAUCGGUGGACCCCUCCCUGAAAGCAACCACCGGUCUGAUCCUCGUACCGACUCGCGAACUUGCGGAACAAGUCCAGAAAGUGGUCACCUCGUACACCAUUUUUUGCGGGAAGGAUGUCCGAUCGGUCAACCUGACCCAAAAGGUUUCCGACGCUGUACAGCGGUCGAUGCUCGCUGAUUUCCCGGAUCUGGUUGUGUCGACACCCAGCCGGGUUCUGUCCAAUGUCAACAACUCGGCUCUGUCGCUCGACAAACUCUCGCACCUGGUGAUUGACGAGGCGGAUCUGGUUUUGUCGUACGGCUACGAUGACGAUAUCAACACCCUCUCCAAGGCUAUCCCGCGAGGAGUGCAGACUUUUCUCAUGAGCGCCACCCUAACCUCGGAAGUCGACACUCUGAAAAGUCUGUUCUGCCGGAAUCCAGUUAUUCUCAAAUUGGAGGACAAGGAGGAGAAAGGCGGUGGAGUCAGCCAAUUUGUCGUCAAAUGUGCCGAAGACGAAAAGUUUCUUUUGACUUAUGUCAUCUUCAAACUACAACUGAUCAAAGGAAAAGUUAUUAUCUUUGUCGGCGACGUGGAUCGGUGCUACCGUGUCAAAUUAUUCCUGGAACAGUUCGGCUUGAAGAGCUGUGUGCUCAACUCUGAGCUGCCCAUCAACUCACGGCUGCAUGUGGUUCAAGAAUUCAACAAGGGUGUCUACGAUAUCAUAAUUGCUGCCGAUGACCAGGAGGUUCUGGGGGCUCCCAAAUCCUCCAAGAAGUCCCAAGAAGCCGACGAGGAAGUCGGAGAAAAGGAAGAGAUCGGAUCCAGCGAGGACGAGGACGAGGUUGAGGACGAAGGCGGAAAGAAAAAGGCACCCCGGCCAGAGAAACGGCGCAAAAUGACUGGCAAAGAAAAGGACUACGGCAUCUCGCGCGGCAUCGAUUUCCAGAACGUCGCAUGCGUACUCAACUUUGACCUCCCCACCACCUCGAAAUCCUACACACACCGCAUCGGGCGCACAGGGCGCGCCGGCAAAGCCGGCAUGGCGCUCUCGUUCGUGAUUCCCGCGGACCAAUACGGCAAGCACAGGCCGACUUCAGUGGCCUCGACAAAAAACGACGAGAAGGUGCUAUCCAAGAUUGUGAAGCGGCAAACCAAACUCGGCCACGAGGUAAAACCCUACCACUUCGAGAUGCAGCAAGUCGACGCAUUCCGUUACCGCAUGACCGACGCCCUGCGCGCGGUGACCCGUCUCGCCGUGCAGGAAGCCCGCGCGCGGGAAAUCCGCCAGGAACUCGUCAAGAGUGAGAAGCUCAAGCGACAUUUUGAGGAGAACCCCGAUGAGCUGCGCCAGCUGCGGCAUGAUGGCGAGCUGCGCGCGGCGCGGGUCCAGCCGCACCUCAAGCAUGUGCCGGACUAUCUGAUGCCGAGUAAAGGGCGCAAGGGUAUCUCCAAGGAGGACGUUGGCUAUGUUGGGUUUUCGAAGGCGAAGGGGAAUCGUAUUCGCAAUGCCAGAGAUCGCAAUCGCGGACGGGGCAAGGGGAAGAAGACGGUUGGUGGAAGGGUUGAUCCGCUCAAGACGUUCAAUCGGGGGCAGAGCAAGAAAUAG